AUGGCGUGCUAUGACUAUGCCGUGACGUUUCUGCGCGAAGUCCGCUUGGUGUGGAGAAGCGAUAUGUCAAUAGCUGAAGCCAAUUUCCUUGUUAACCGUUACGCGCUGCUGCUCUGGGUCACCGUUCAGUCGCUUAUUUUCUUUCCUCCCUUUAAACCGACUGAGAAGGUAGUCCUUGCGAUUGUGUUCUCUGCCGACCGUGUCUUCGCUGUGAGUGCUCGGGAUUGGAGGCCAACAACUGUGGCCAUCAUGCUCGGUAUAAUCCCUUUUAUCGCAAACUUGUCAAUUACUCGACGGAGAGCGUUAACAUACGCGAGGACAACGUACACGGUUGUCCAACUACUUCAAGAUUAUCUAAUGCGAUCAACGACAAGUAAGCUACCUUCCUAUGCUGCUCGUCCACCACUAUCUGAUUAUGCCUCAGAAUGGUCAUCUUCACGCGCACUUGUUCUAUAG